ACAAAUUAAAGCAGGUUUAUAGAGGGCCCAUAACAUGUCUCCUCAGUUAGACCCAAAGACGUGAUAGUCAUCUUUCGCUCCACUGCACUAUCCCUAUUCUUCCACCUUUUUCUUUUCUUUUCUUUUUAAUGAUCCUUUCUUGCCAAAAAUACCCAAUAAUUCCUCUGGGGGAAAAAAGAUUAGUUGAGUUCACAAUCAUGUCAGGUGAUAUUGCCAGAGAUUCUGCUGAAGGCUCCUCACGGUCCUCCGUCAGCCACCACAAUCAACCUCAAUCGCCUCCGCUGAGCCGGUACGAAUCACAGAAACGGCGAGACUGGAACACUUUUGGGCAGUAUUUGAAGAACCAGAGGCCCCCGGUUGCACUCUCCCAGUGUAACUGCAACCAUGUUCUUGAAUUCCUAAGAUAUCUGGACCAGUUUGGGAAGACUAAGGUUCACCUACAUGGUUGUGUGUUUUUUGGACAACCUGAUCCGCCUGCUCCUUGUACUUGUCCACUAAGGCAGGCCUGGGGGAGUCUUGAUGCACUGAUCGGACGCCUAAGAGCUGCUUAUGAUGAGCAUGGUGGGUCGCCCGAGACUAACCCUUUUGGAAAUGGAGCAAUUCGGGUUUAUUUGCGUGAAGUGAGGGACUGUCAAGCUAAGGCCAGAGGGAUUCCAUAUCGAAAGAAAAAGAAGAAGAAGACUCAAAUUAAACCCAAAGUCGACGAUCCUAUGCCUUCUUCCAACCAGCAGCCCUCUUCUCAGCUAGCUACCUAGGGUCUUUCUUUGGAUUCUUCACAUAAACGGAUGAUGAGCAUUCAGAAAACAUGCAUGGCAGAGUGGUGGGGAAGGGUUUAUAAGGCAAGGCAAGGCAAGGCAACGAGUAUGUAUGAAGUUAAAUUUAGCACUACAACUACUAUACAAGUAGGCAUUAAGCACUGGUUUCUGAAUCUCUGGCGCCUUUCCUUGUAUAAUAUGAAGCACUACUUGCAUUAUGAUCAAUUAAUGCCCUUGUCUUACUUAGCAAAGCUUAAUUAAAUUUGUGUCGGUUGUUAGUUCUCAAUAGUUUGUAAGUUCUAUAGAGUUAUCACGUCUGAUGAAUUAGACGUAUAAAUUAAUUAAGGAUAAUAUUAUAUAAAUAAACAUUUUACUA